AUGGCCACGUCCUCAUCCUGCCUGCCGACUCCCACCGCCUCCUCCUCCUCACGCUACACCCUCUCCGCCGCCUCCCAACUCCCCACACCCCGCUCACCCUCGUCCUUCGUCGCGCGAAACGGGACCCGCCUCACACUCGACGGGAGCGACUUCAAAGCCGUAGGGGCGAACGUCUACUGGCUCGGGUUGGACGAGAAUGGAGUGCCCAACCCGGCGUACCCGUCAAAGGGCAGGGUGCUCGAGGCGAUGGCCGUAGCAGCUGCGAUGGGGGCCACGACGAUUCGUUCCCAGUCGCUCGGCAUCUCGUACGGCACGGCGCUGUCGAUAGAGAACGCACUGGGAGUGUUCAAGCCCGAGGGAGACCCGGCAUGGGACGCCCUUGACUUUGCAGUGUUUGCGGCGAGGCAGUACGGCCUGCGAUUGAUCCUCCCCUUGACGGACCAAUACGACUACUACCACGGCGGCAUCCCCACUUUCCUCCGCUGGCGCAACCUCUCCUCAACCGACUACUCACCCUUCUACGACCUCUCCUCGCCCGUCUUUGCAGACUUUGAGCUCUACAUCCGGACUUUGCUAAACCACACUUCUCCCUAUACGAACCUCACCCUCGCGCAAGACCCAACGAUCCUCGCCUUCGAACUCGGGAACGAGUUGGGCGGAUACUUUGCGGACCACUACCCCCCGCCUGUGCUGUGGUCCGCUGCUGUAGCGGGGCUACUGAAGGGAUUGGCGCCCAAGACGCUGGUGGUGAGUGGGAGGUAUGGAGUGAGCGAGGGAGAGGCAAGGGUCGAGGAGAUUGAUAUCCUAUCCGACCACUUCUACCCGCCCUCCCUCUCCCGUCUCUCCCACUCCUCCUCGCUCUCCGCCUCGGCUCAGAAACCCCUCCUGGUAGGCGAAUACGACUGGACGAACCGACCCUACCUCACCUACCGCUGGACUUGGUUCGUCUUGUGCUUGCCGGUGGUGCUUGCGGCGGGGCUGGGGGUGCUGGGAUGGAGGAGGCGGUGGGGGCCUUGGAGGUGGACGCUGAGAGGGGUGGGUACGUGUGGCAAGGCGAGGAGGAGGAGGAGGCGGAAGGAGCGGGAGCGGGAGGGACAGGAGUUGGCGUUCGCGGCGACCGGAACCGACUCGCCGACGCGAGCUGCAGCGAUACCCGACGACGCUCUCGAGCUCGACAAGUCCUACCUCGCCUCACAAUCGACCUCCGCACUUCCCAUCCUCUCGCGCACACCCUCACAUUCCUCAACCUCCCUCCCUCGCCGCCCCGUCCGCUCCUCUCCCUCGCUGCUCGACCGCCCCCUGACCCUCCGAAUCUGGCACAUCUCCCUCCUGACCCUCAUCGUCUUCCUUCCCCUCCUAGCCGGCCUGUGCCACACCUACAUCCCAACACCGAUCUCUCCCUUCCUUUCACGCCUCACAUCCCUCUCUUCUCCCUCCUCCGGCACGCCUGAGGUUGCGGGAGAUCUCUAUUGGUCCCUCUUCGGACGAGACGAUACCUGUUGCGCAUACGUCACCCACGACGACGGCUACACCCUGCACUACCCCUCCUUCCCCUCCUCUAGCUCUAUCCCACCUUCCUCGAAGGGCGUCCUCGAAUUAACCAAACACGCCUGGACCGUCCGAGGAGAAAAACCCUUCUGGUUGGACCCGGGAAAGGAGGUGAGGGAUGUUGGGUGGGAGGAGUUGCCGGUUGUGGGUUGUCCGCAGCGUGGAGUGAGGGUGGCGAAUGGGACGGUUGUUGGGGGGUUGUAG